CUUUGCUUUCUCAUUUUCCCGCGCUGCCAGUCAAUCCCGCUUCUCUUUCCCGUUCGUUUUUCCCGUUAUUUUUUUCCCCUUCCCGUUCUCCUGCCGUGCCCGGCAGCGGGAUCCCCUCCCUCGGCAGCGGAGCGGGGCCGCGGGAAGGCGGAAGCGCGGGCGGCGGGGGCGUGGCCGCAUCGCUGACCCGCGCCCACGUGUUCGGCGGCGCACGCGGAGCCGCCAACAUGGAGCAGGCCGGAAGUGGCAGCGAGGAUUCCGAAGGCAGCCAGGACAGCGUUUAUUCCGGCCUGGAAGAUUCCGGAAGCGACAGCGAAUCCUCCGGCAAUUCCCACUCGGAAGAGGAGGAGGAAGAGGAGGAGGAAGAUGAAGAUGUUCCCCAGGCCGGAUCCGCCCCCGUUCCCGGGAAAACCCCGGGAGACGAUUCCCGGCGGGAAAGGGACGAGUACCAGGAGGACAGCUCGGAUGAGGAGGACAUCCGGAACACGGUGGGGAACAUUCCCAUGGAAUGGUACCGGGAUUUUCCGCACGUGGGAUACGACCUGGACGGGAAAAGGAUCUUCAAACCCCUCCGGAGCAGGGACCAGCUGGAGCUGUUCCUGGAAAAGAUGGAAAACCCGGAAUACUGGCGCUCCGUUGAGGACCCCCAGACGGGCGCCGAGGUUCCGCUCUCGGAGGAGCAGCUGGAGCUGAUCCGGCGCCUCCAGAGCGGCCAAUUCGGGGAUCCCGAAUUCGAUCCCUACCAGCCCUCGGUGGAUUUCUUCAGCGGCGAGGUGCGGCUGCACCCGGUGACGAAUCGCCCGGCCGACAAACGCAGCUUCAUCCCCUCCCUGCUGGAGAAGGAAAAGGUCUCCAAACUGGUCCACGCCAUCAAGAUGGGCUGGAUCCAACCUCGGAAACCCAAGGAAAACGUUCCCGUUUUUUACGACCUCUGGGCUCGGGAAGAUCCCGACUCCAUCCUGGGCCGCCACAAGAUGCACGUCCCCGCUCCCAAAAUCCCGCUGCCGGGCCACGCCGAGUCCUACAACCCGCCCCCGGAAUUCCUGCUCAGCCCCGACGAGGAAUCCGCCUGGCGUCUCCAAGAUCCCUCCGAGCGCCGUCUCCCGUUCCUGCCGCGGAAAUUCCGGAGUCUCCGCGCCGUUCCCGCCUAUUCCCGAUUCAUCCACGAGCGCUUCGAGCGCUGCCUCGACCUCUACCUGUGCCCCCGGCAGCGCCGGAUGCGCGUCAACGUGGAUCCCGAGGAUCUCAUUCCCAAAAUUCCCAGGCCGAGGGAUCUGCAGCCAUUCCCGACCACCCAGGCCAUGGUUUUCCGUGGCCAUUCCAGCCUGGUGAGGACUCUGAGCGUCUCCCCCAGCGGGCAGUGGCUGGUGUCGGGCUCGGACGACGGCACGCUGCGGUUCUGGGAGGUGAGCUCCGGGCGCUGCCUGCGGAGCGUUCCCGUCGGAUCCGUGGUCGGGAGCGUGGCCUGGAAUCCCAACCCCAGCCUCUGCCUGGUGGCCGUCGCCGUGGAUGAGGAGGCUCUCCUGCUGAAUCCGGGCCUGGGCGAUCGGCUGCUGGUGGCGGCCACGGAUCAGCUGCUGGAUUCCUGGGAAUCUCCGGAGGAGGAGCGGAUCCAGCCGAUCCCCUGGAUCCCGGCCGGCCCCGAGGAGCGCUCCAAGGGGAUCCGCCUGCGGCUGCCCCACGGAAAGCCGGUGACACAGGUGACCUGGCACCCCAAGGGCGAUUACUGGGCCUCGGUUCAGCGCAAUCCGGGCGGGCGCCAGGUGCUGAUCCACCAGAGCAGCCGGCGCCGGAGCCAGGAUCCCUUCCGGAAGAAUCCCGGCCGGAUCCAGUGCGUGCGAUUCCAUCCGCUCCGGCCCUACUUCCUGGUGGCUUCCCAGAGAUCCGUGCGGAUCUACAACCUCCUGCGCCAGGAGCUCACCAAGAAACUGCAGAGCGGCUGCCAGUGGAUCUCCAGCAUGGCCCUGCACCCCGCAGGGGAUAACGUCAUCUGCGGCAGCUACGACAGCAAAUUGCUCUGGUUCGAUCUGGAUCUGUCCACCAGGCCCUACAGGACGCUGAGGCACCACAGCCGCGCCCUGCGCUCGGUGGCGUUCCACAGCCGCUAUCCGCUCUUCGCUUCCGCCUCCGACGACGGCUCCGUCAUCGUCUGCCACGGAAUGGUCUACAAUGACCUGCUGCAGAACGCUCUGCUGGUGCCGCUGAAGGUUCUUCGUGGCCACGUCCCCACGCUGGGCCUGGCCGUGCUCGACGUCGUUUUCCACCCGCGACAGCCCUGGAUCUUCUCGGCCGGCGCCGACGGCACCGUGCGCCUCUACAGCUGAGAUCCCAGCGGGAUCCACCGGGAUCCACCGGGAUCCACCGGGAUCUGGACCUGGUGCAGCUCAGGGAGCUCAAUAAAGGAUUUUUAUGGAUCAGAUUUUGG